AUGGGGAUCAGGUCCAGAAAUGUUGCUAACGGUUCAGAGGAGCAGAGGGACAAAAAGACAUCAGCCCUGCCCGUGGACUUGGACCAAGAGGCUGGGGUGGACAAAGAUGGAGCUCUCUUGCUGGUGGCUCCGGGUCGGGAAGAUUUCAAAAGGAGCACACAGGGUUUCGGACUGUUGGCCAAGACGCCCCUGGGGUACACGCGACCCGUUAAGCGGAAUAACAUCAGGAAGCGGAGAAUUCAAACCCUUAUUUAUGAUGCCCUGGAAAGACCGAGAGGAUGGGCGCUACUGUACCACGCGUUUGUAUUUUUGAUUGUGCUGGGAUGUUUGAUAUUGGCCAUACUAACAACUUUCAAAGAACACGAAAAGGCCUCCGGCCAUUGGCUUGUUAUAUUGGAAACAUCCACCAUAUUUGUCUUCGGAACAGAGUUUGGGUUGAGAAUAUGGUCGGCAGGCUGUUGCUCCAGAUACAAAGGAUGGAGGGGGCGGCUCAAAUUCGCCCGCAAGCCAUUAUGUAUUUUAGAUAUUUUUGUGCUGAUUGCCUCGGUGCCGGUGGUUGCUGUGCGUAACCAAGGCAACGUGCUUGCCACGUCCCUGCGCAGUCUGCGCUUCCUGCAGAUUCUGCGCAUGCUCCGCAUGGACCGCCGUGGAGGCACCUGGAAACUACUGGGCUCCGCCAUCUACGCACACAGUAAGGAGCUGAUCACCGCUUGGUACAUUGGCUUCCUGUCUCUCAUUCUGGCCUCCUUCCUGGUGUACCUGGUGGAGAAAGAUGAUGUCACCAUGGAGGUGUCGGAUACUGAUAGCCCCACCAUUAAGCCCGAACCCCAGGACUUUGACACGUAUGCCGACGCUCUGUGGUGGGGCCUGAUCACAUUGACCACCAUUGGUUAUGGAGACAAAACCCCAAAGACGUGGGCUGGGAGGCUGUUAGCUGGCACUUUUGCUCUCAUUGGAGUGUCCUUCUUCGCUUUGCCUGCAGGCAUCUUGGGCUCAGGCUUGGCUUUGAAGGUCCAGGAGCAGCACAGACAGAAGCACUUUGAGAAGCGUAGGCAUCCAGCCGCUGGGCUUAUUCAGUCUGCCUGGCGAUACUAUGCCACCAAUCCAAUCAGAGAGGACCUUAUUUCCACAUGGAGAUUCUACGAAACGGUCAUCUCUUUACCCUGUUUCAGGCAAGAUAAUUUGGAGGGCAUAGCAAGUCAAAAGCUGAGUUUGCUGGAGCGUUGUCGCAUGCCUAAUGCGCGACAGUCGACAGUAGUGAGGGGCAGGGUGCUGAUGCCGGGGAACCCGGACAUUGAAGAGAGUCCUUCCAAGGACCCCAAACCCGGCGGCUUCAGUAACCGGGAACGGUUUCGCACAGCCUUCCGGAUGAAGGCCUACACCAUGCGUCAGAGCUCUGAUGAUGCUGGAGCCCUGCAGGACCCUGAGGAGAGGGGCUUUCCUGCAGACAUCCUCCUGGAGGAGAUGAUCCCCACGCUAAAGCUGGUCAUCAGGGCAGUCAGGAUUAUGAAGUUCCUCUUGAACAAGAAGAAGUUUAAGGAGACUUUGAGACCUUAUGAUGUCAAGGAUGUGAUCGAGCAGUACUCUGCCGGCCACCUAGACAUGCUCUGUAGAAUCAAAUACCUCCAGACAAGAAUAGACAUGAUCCUCGCCCCUGGUGCCCCUUUGACCCCGAAACACAAGAAGAGCCAGAACAAACAGAACCCAUUUGCCUUUCCAACUCAACAGUCACCAAGGCACGAGUCCUAUCUAGCCAAAGCAUCCAUUCCAGAUGCUGACCAAGACCAAAGCAUGAUGGGUAGAUUUGUCAGAGUGGAGAGACAGGUGGAGGACAUGGAGAAGAAGCUGGACUUUCUGGUGGACAUGCACAUCCAGCACACUGAGCACCUUCAGGUGGACUCGGCCGGCGCCGCCCACAUGACCACGGAGCCCCUUGACCAUGUGACAGGCAACACAGGCUCUGACGACAAGGAGGGCUGUGGCUACACUGAGAUCCGCCGGGUCUUCUUCAACUACACCGAGACAUGCCCCAAAAUGUCCUACCAGGUGCCUGUGAGCAAAGUGACACCUUACUACAGCUACCGCAGGGAGCCCAGUGCUGCAGCUGGAGGAGCGGAAGGAGUUGGGGGACUGGGGCUGCCUGGGGGUGGCUACAUCCCCUCUGACCAUCAAGCCCCACCUGGCCACCACCUAGCCCCGAUCCCUACCUACACAGAGCGGCCCAACGUACUCCCCAUCAGCUCACUCCUGGACACCCAGGUGGCUGGACGGGAUGGAGGGCAUGGGCCACAAAGUCCCUACACGGAGCACCUCACGCUGGGGCUGGGCAGGACCAUGGGGCAGAGAGCGGUGACGGACACUUCGCCGCUAUCCAUGCUCUCUGUGAACCACGAGGAGCUGGAUCGCUCACCCAGCGGAUUCAGUAUAUCGGGGGAGCGCGAGGAUCGGGACGACCCCACGCUGGGGACAGCAGGGGGGUCGGGAAGGUUGCGGGACAGCCGUUACCUGGCGGAGGGGGAGACGGACACAGACACGGAACCCUUCACGCCCAGCGGGGGUGGGGGGCAACUCCCCAUGUCAUCCACAGGAGAGGGCUUCCCUGAUUCUGUAUGGAACACACCACCCUGA